CCUGGAGCCCGAGGGCGGGGUGGCCUCAUAGGGCGGCCUGCCCGCUCUAAGGAGUUCGGGUGCCUUAGCGCGCAAUCAAGGAGAGGCUGCGGCUGGGUCAGAGCGCGGAUGCUGGAAGUUCACAUCCCCUCGGUGGGGCCCGAGGCCGAAGAGCCCAGGCAGAGUCCAGAGAAAGGCCACAUGGUGUUCCAAGUGGAGGUGCUGUACAGCGGACGCAGACACACCGUGCCGAGGCGCUACAGCGAGUUCCACGCUCUACACAAGCGGAUCAAGAAACGAUACAAAGUGCCUGACUUUCCCUCAAAACGCCUGCCCAACUGGAGGAGCAGAGGAUUGGAACAGCGCCGGCAGGGCUUGGAGACCUAUAUCCAGGGCAUCCUGUACCUGAACCAGGAGGUACCCAAGGAGUUAUUGGAGUUCCUCAGACUUCGCCACUUCCCCACAGACUCCAAGGCCAGCAGCUGGAGCACCCUGAGGGAAUUCCUGCCUAGUGACACCAGCGCACAGCUGCACCACCGGCCCGUCGUUGGCUUCUGUAUGGACCCCUACGUUUACGCCCCUUCCCCAGAACCUCUCCCAGAAGUGGUGGUGGACGGUGUUCUCCAGGGCCUCUAUGGCUUCAGCAUAGCCCAGCAAAAGGCAGGCUGUCAUCCUGCUCCAUCGCCAAUGCCCUGACUAGCCCAGUCUUGGGUCACCUGUCAGGACAGAUACAUGCCUGUCCUGAGAGUUCCAUAUAUGAAACUGGGUCUUCCCCUGGACUAGCCUCAGGGUGUAACUAGCUGAGGCUCAGUUGUGCCCAACCCCACUCAAGGCUCUGAACUUGGCUUGCACUAACAGCUGCGGUUGGUAGAACUCAAAACUUAAAAGUCCAGGGGUCAAGGCAAAAUCAAGAUAAAGCAAACAGCAUAAAGUAAUUUCAGUCUUAGGCUGAGAAGACUCAGGUGUAUCUGCUAGCCCAGCCUGGCAGGUGGCAGAAGCUAUGGUGUGGCAGUGGCUGGUUAGCCUCUGCCUGACGACUAGUCGGUACCACCUAAGCACAGGCUUAGGCAGGAGCCUGAGGAAGGGGCACGCAUGCAUAAGAGUCCUAGACAUGCUGGGAUGAACACUCAGGGCAGGUGCUUUGUACACCCUCAAACUCAGUCCGCACCUAAGUUAUAAAAAAGAAAACCCACUUUUUUUUAUUGAUCAGCAUUGAUAGGAGUUUGAUAGAAAAACCAGGCCCGUGGAAUGUGAGGGGGUGUGGGUCCACCCCCUCAGGUGGAAGCACUGGGGCUGGGUGGCGCGGAACCUUGUGCCUGGCUACCUUCACCCCUGUGAGGGUAGUAACAGGACCUGCGCAUACAGCCAUUUGGAGGGAUGAGGCCCCUGAGAGUCUACUCCUUGGCAAUGGCAAAGGGCUUCUCCACUUCGAUCUUGCCACAGUCUGCAAUGAUCACAUCCUUCAGGGGCUUGUCCCGACUGUCUGUCUUGGUGCUCUCCACCUUCCUCACUACGUCCUAGAAAAGAAAGGCAGGAAAGGAGGGGGUGGGUGGGGUGGAGGUCAAGAGACAGCCCCAAGUGAGUGGCUGAGCCAUAUGGGAUGAACACAGAAACCCACAGACCCAAAAGCCAGGGUGAAUGCGGAGCACAGAUGCUUAGCUGACCCAAUGCUGCUCAGGCGUGAGUGACGAACAGAGGACCUCAAAGCUGAACAAAGUCUGGGCAGGCUGUCUAGGAGGACUUAGAACCUUGGGGGCAUGGAAAUGUAGGCUGGUUAUCAUGUAUUAUUUUUUCCUGAGUGGUGUUAGGGAUUGAACACACAUAUGCAUGCUAGAUUAAGCACUGCUAUUCAGUCACAUGGACCACCCUGAAACGUGGGCUCAUGUUGUCUAGCCUGGCCCUGGAGUUCAAGUAAUCCUUGUCUCAGCCUCUCCAACAGCUAGCAUCAUAGGCAUAUGUGAGGCACCGGUCAGGCUGUUUGUUCUUGACACGCCCCACCCUAUGCCAGGUUAGGGGGAGCCACUGCUGGUCUCUAUCUGUGGCUUAGGUGCCCUUGAGGAGAAGACUUCCUACUUGAAGCCUUUGUCUAUUCUAGCGAGAUCCUCGGUAAGGACUAUUAAGGUUUAGCCCUCACUUUUAAACUUACCAUGCCCUCUAGAACUUUGCCAAAAACCACAUGUUUGCCAUCUAGCCAGGACGUCUUGACUGUAGUUAUGAAGAACUGAGAACCAUUGGUGUCUUUGCCUGCAUUGGCCAUGCUCACCCAUCCAGGCCCAUAGUGCUUCAGCUUGAAGUUCUCAUCUGGGAAGCGCUCACCAUAGAUGCUCUUUCCUGGGAAGAGAAUCAGUGGGUCAGGGAGUUGAACCAAAACAUGCAGGUGCUUGGGUGAGAUCUCCAGGGCUCAGACUAUCCUGUCAGGUCAGGCGUGACUGGCAAAGGACAUAAAAACAGCCUUCCUAUCUUCUACGCAAGCCAUUGGGACCAAGACCACCUGGGGUAUGAGGCCAGGCUGACUUGGAUGAAUUACUAUGAGAGCAGUUUUAUGAUUGUCAGGGUACAUAUCAUCAACUAUCCAUAGCUGUGUCCUAGGGAGGGACUUUGGAAAAGAGAUGCCUUGGUACUAUGCAGGAUGCUGGGAGUGUGGAACCCUUCAGGAAAAAGGGAUGCUAUAGCCAACCAGAUUGCCUUUCUAGAGUCAUCUGCAGAGCAGAAUAGCAGAUGGGGAUUGGCUGGGGAAGGAAAAAAAAAAAAGGAUGUAGGACUGUUACUUGGUUUCUUAAGAGCCAAGCACCUCUUACCAAGGAAGGACCAUACAAUAAAAAAUGCCUAUGAA